AUGGCGAGGAGUUGGGCUAAGCUUGAUCGAAUGCUUGUCAAUAAUGAAUUUGCGUUAAAAUUCGGGACUGCCUCAGCUCAUUUUUUGGAGAGAAGAACUUCUGAUAAUGCCCCUCUCUUGGUACAAUUUGCAGAGGACUAUACUAGGUAUGGUCCGAUGCCUUUUCAUUUUCAAAAUAUGUGGGUAGCUCAUGAAGAAUUCCUUAAGAUUAUGGAGAGUUCUUGGAAAGAACUGUUUCCUGGAAAUGGAUUAUUGGUAUUGGCCGGAAAAUUAAAGAGAUUGAAAGUGACAUUAAAAAGAUGGAAUAAAGAGGUUUUUGGUAGAAUGGAGGGGACAAUUAGAGAAUUAGAAGAAAGAGUGGAGGUGCUAGAUGUUGAGCUUCAAAACCAAUACACGAGGAAGCUUGAAUGUGAUUUUCUUAAAGCUAGUAAUGAGCUGGAUCAGUGGGUACAAAGGGAGGACACUCGAUUACGGCAGCAGGCUAAACAAAGAUGGAUGGAGGAAGGUGAUCAGAACACAAAGUACUUUCAUGUCGUAAUUGCACAAAGAAGGCGAAAUGCUAUGGUGAAGAACAUGAAACUUUCUGGUGGUAGGCUUCUUGAGUCACCUGUAGAAAUACAUGAAGAAGCUACAAGGUAUUUUGAAAGGUUUUUGUCUGAAGAAGAGAAUUUGGAGUUGCCUGAUUUAUCUACAUUAAUUAGCUCUGUGGUGGGUGAAAAUGAGGAAAGGUGCCUGAGGAAGCCACCAUCAGAUCAGGAGAUUUAUGAAGCAUUACUUUCUAUUCCAAAGGAUUCAAGUCUGGGGCCAGAUGGUUUCAGUUCGCAAUUUUAUUUGACAUGCUGGGAGAUAGUUCGCAUGGAAGUCAGCAAUGCAGUUAUGGAAUUUUUUCAACGUAUGGAAUUACCAAGAUUUUAUACAGCGUCUUUUAUUGUUUUGAUCCCAAAGUCUAGCUUUGGAGUGCCGGGAGAUUUUUCUGAUUUGAUUAAAAAUUGUGUUACAACGCUGUGGUUUUCGAUAAUGUUGAAUGAGACCUUUAAAGGUUUUUUCAAGUCAAAGAGAGGGCUUAGACAGGGGGAUCCGCUUUCGCCAUAUUUAUUUAUAAUUAUGGAGGAGGUUCUCUCAAAGAUGAUAAAAGGAAAAGUGGCUGAAAAGAAGAUACAGCUGUUCUCUCAUCCGGUAAAUUCUCCGGUGGUCUCUCAUCUUCUAUACGCUGAUGACAUAGUUUUGUUUACCAAUGCUUCCAAAGGAACGAUUCGAUGUUUGAUGAAUGUGUUCAAACAGUAUGAGAGAUGGACGGGUCAGAAAGUUAAUUAUGAGAAGUCAGCGAUUUAUUAUUCUAAGAAGAUAUCAAAUCAGCGUAUUAAUGAUAUUCGGAGGGUGACUGGUUUUGUGCAAUGUGAGUUCCCUUGUAAAUAUUUGGGAGCUCCAAUUGUAGAUGGAAGACUGAAAGCCAGGCAUUUAGACUAUUUAGUGGCGAAGCUGUUGACUGAGGACAGUUUAUGGGCAAAUUUCUUUCGGGCUAAAUAUGUGAAGAAUAAACAAAUGUGUUUGUGGUUGGGGAGAAGAUCAGGUUCCAAUUUUUGGCGUAAAGUUGUGGAGGGAAUUCCUUUUAUCAUAGGAAACUCAAAGUGGAAGGUGCAUGAGGGGGACCUGUCAUUUUGGUAUGAUAAGUUCCUAGAUGAAGGCAUGUUAUGUGAUCUUAUACAACAAGUAGAAUAUCCUGAUAUUAGAAUUAGAGAGUUGGUGAUUAAUGAUCUAUGGGACAUUGGCAGGUUGCAAGAUAUGAUUGGUAAUCGGUUGGGGACGGAUGUUAUGGAGACUAUUGGGAAGUUGAAAAAUAAGAAGGAUGUGUUAAUUUGGCUUCCAAAUAAAAAUGGUCUUUUCUCAAUAAAAUCAGCAUGGGAUAUCCUUCGAGUUAAGGGUCAAGUUGAAGACUUGGAUCAUGUGCUUGGAAGUGGGCAGUUUGCAAGGUCUGUGUGGUGCAGGGUAUCGGCUGAAUUAGACAUUCUGUUUGUGCCUCAGCAACGGUGGAGAGAAAGGGUAUAUGCCUGGUUUAGUCGAGCAUCAAGACAGUCUCAACUGGGGAUGCUGCUGGGUUUAGUACCUGUUAUUGUGACAUGGAGGCUGUGGAAAAGGAGAUGUACAGCUCGGAUGGAAGGAAAACAUGAGAAGUUGGAGGUGGUUUGGAGAUCUGUGAUGUACUGGAUAAGGUAUGUUCUUAAGAAAAUAGGAACUGUAAAAAAAUUGUCAAAGAGGGAUAUAGAUAUUUUGAAGAAAUUGAAUGUUAAUAUUGUGGAAAAACAGAGAAGAGCGCCGAGAAUUGUGAAGUGGGCUACGCCUAGUCUGGGAAGAUUUAAGCUAAAUAUAGAUGGCAAUAAUUUAGGUAAUCCUGGAGAAGGAGGUGGUGGUGGUAUAUUGAGAGAUAAUACUGGUAUGUUGAGGUUUGCUUUUACAGAGUACUUUGGUCAUUGUACUAAUAAUGAAGCCAAACUCAGAGGGGUAUUAGAGGGUCUGUUAUUAUGCAAACAGUUAUGUUGCCCAGAUGACUAA